ACUACAAGUAGAAAGAUUUUUUUAAAAGGGGCUGGGGGAGGACAGAAGAAUAAUAAAAAGGGCAAAGGAAGAGGAAAGGAAAAAUGUAAUGCUUGAAGAGUGUGUUAGUUACCUGGGCUGCUGUAACAAAUACCACAGGUGGGUGGCUUUAACAAACAGAAAUUUAUUCUCUCACAGUUUAGGAGGCUGGAAGUCUGAAUUCAGGGUGCCGGCUCCAGGGUAAAGCUUUCUCUCUCUGUUGACUUUUGGGGAAGGUGCUUGUCUCUUUUCAGCUGUGUUCCUGGUUCCUUGCUGAUCUUCACGUGGCCUCCAUCUUCCCCUGUUUGUGCUUCCAUCUCUGUGCCUCAUCUACCCUUUAUAUCUCAAAGGCCCGAAGCUGAUAUGACCUUGUUAAUGUAACACUGAAAACCCUGUUCCCAGAUGGGAUUACUCACAUGCAUAGGGGGUAGGAUUCACAACACAUAUUUUGGGGACACACUUCAACCCAUAACAAAGCGUGUUAAAGAAAGAAAGGGCGUGGCAUAACGUAUAAGGAAGCGGAAGAAACAGGAAGGCUGUGGAGGAAAAACUACACUCGGGAGCCCGGUGAAAGAGAGGGCUCAAACCUGCCGGAGGUGCCAGGGAAGAGCUCUGUGCAUGGACCUGGCCAGCCUCCUGCCUCCCCUGCAGGGUGGCCGGAGCCCACCUGCCUCCCCCAGGCUCAGGCUCAAUGUGGAAGAGUAGACAGAGCGAAGCUGGAAACUGCCAGUGCUCAGCAGCUAGUCCUGUGAACGGACAGUGACUGCCCUGCUUCGGCUGACAUGUGGCCUGUCUCAGCCAGGCCAGAGAGGAGGCAGCAGGGAGUGGGGGUAGACGGGACCUAGUAGGACGUACACAGGACUGGCUUUUACGCAGCUGCACCUUUUCUUUGCAGAAGGAUAGUUGCUUUGUGGCUCACGUCCUUUCAGAGACUGUCGCUUUAGCUCUCACUGCAGGAGUCCCACGUCUGCCUGCCACUGUCUCGCCCUUGCUCCACCUGGCAGCCCCUUUUCUGGCUUUCCCUGUGCCAGGCAGGUCUUCCAGGUUCAGUCUGAGUGAUGCACAAACCGGUAUCGUUUGAUGUGGAUUGUGUGCGUGUGUGUGCACAUACCCACUUGGUAGGAGGCCCUUGGGAAUAGUCCUCUAUUGAAGUAAAACCUACUGUGUGCCAGGCAUUUUCAAGCACGUCGUCAUUUUAUCCUUGCCAAGGCCUUGGGGGAGUCCCUGAGUGUUGCAAGCAGUUAAGCGCUCUACUACUAACCAAAAGGUUGGUGGUUUGAUCCCACCCAGAGGUACCUCAGGAGAAAGGCCUGGUGAUCAGCUUCUGAAAGAUCACAGCCUUGGAAACAGUUCUACCAUGCAUACAUGGAGUUUCCAUUAAUCAGAAUCAACUUGAUGGCAAAUGGUUUGAUUUUUUUUUUUUAAGGCUCUGGGACAGAAUUAUCAUUAGUACCAUUUUGCAGCUAGGAAAACUGAGACUUGGCUGCAAAGGCUUAGCUUGUUUACCCUCCUCUCUUCAACCUCCUGAUACCACAGAUCCCAUUCACCCGGGUCUCCAUCAAGGCUGCGGCAUAGCGGCAGCUGCCUCCUCUUGUAGUUGUGAAGACACGUGUGAAACCUCAGAUUUCCAGUGCCCGCCCAGGCCGUAAGCUGGCAGAGACAGGGUGAGGAUUUACACCAGGUCUUCUGACUGCAGGGCACUCGGCUUUGCUACUCAAGGCCUUUGCCAGUGCCCAGGGAGCCCAGCCUUGGCAUGUCUUCCUGCCAAACAGAUUCAACUCAGCCAAGGCCUUCCAAGCUCCCCAUACUUCACACACUCCUCCCAUCGGCUCUGUGGUAGGAGGCCUACCCAUUUUGCAGACAUGAAAACUGAGUCUCCAAGCCUGUGGUGACUUGACCAAGGGUCCCAUAGCAAAUAAGUGGUAGAACUAGCACUCAAACUCAGGGAAUUGAUUUUCCCACCAUGCCAUGAUACUGUGGGCUCCCUGCCCCCAACACCCAGAGCAGGUAGUUCUGUAUCCUUGGCAGAUUUGGGAACAUCUCUUUGGUCCAAAGACGAGAACAGAAUCAUAGAGAAAAAUGGAUCUGUCUCCUGGCAGCUUGCCUGGUAGGCAUCCCCCUGGUUCCUAUUUGUUCCUCUUCUCUUAGCAGGCUGUUGGUUCACCCCUGGGCCCCUAUCCUCUUUUCCUGUUGCUUAGUUUUUGUGGUGAUGAGUAAGUUGUCCCUGGAGUGGAGUUGACUCUCUCACUAGAGAGAAGGCACGUGCCUUUCUUGGGGGAGAUGCUCCCUGAUGUCAUCUUGGUGGUACAGCGUGGCCUCACUGGAAGCUCUUUUUGGGUCUUCACGAUUCUGGGCAACCAGGGGAGCGAGACCUUCAGUACAGAGAGAGCCCCAGGGCUCAACUUACUCAGCCCCUUCUGUGCCUCUCCUGCUGCCUGCUGCUGCCUCUCCUUCUUUCUUUCUGCUCCUCUUUUACUUGUAAAGAAAAGUUAAAAACGUUAGCUUAGUGGGUUAGAAAGGAGGGGGCAGGAAAGGGGUGUCAGGGAAGUGUGAGAAGACCAAGGUGUCUCCCUUGCUACGGGGGACAGAACAGCCAUAGCCGGACUGUCCUAUUUUGUGCCUAAAGUGAGAUAGAUCAGUCAGUCAUUCUAUAAACAUAGAUAUUGAGGGUCAGUCUUCUGCCAGGCACAGUGAUCACGUGAUGGUCCCUUCCCCCUGGUCGUUUAAUGGGGGCAGUAAAACCUCUUUACAAAUAACCAUUAUGCAACAUGAACAGUUGUUGUCUUGCACCAUGUUGUCCAUUCCUCCAUGUGGCGCCUCUAUGUGUUACAGCAUAGAACAGCUCUAGAGGGUUUUCUUGUAUAUAAUCUUUAUGGGAGCAGGUCGCCAGGCCUUUUCUCCUGCAGUGCGAAUGCUGAAGUAUAAAGCAGAAAUUGAGUACCACAGGAAGGAGAUCGUUUAUAGGUGUGGGGAGCUGCUGGAAGUGUCUGAGUUGGUCCCAGAGCCUGGGGCCUGUGCAGUAUGCUUUGCUGGACCCCUGUCCUCACAAACCCUGAGUCACUGGCCACCACAAAUGUUUGUGAGGUUUCCGUGAGCCCAGGGUAUGGGAGUCCUGCUCUUGGUGAUUUUGGCUGUAGGCCCUGGCAGCAGAACCCCAGAGAUAGCACUGGGUCUUUCUUAUCUCUUUACGCCUUCUUGAGCUUGGGCCCACCCCAUCUGUGGGAUCCGUGUUGGCCCUCGUAUUUAAGCCCGAGGUUGCCCUCCAGGCUCAAGUUGGUGCAGAAUCAGAGUCCGCUUUGGCCAGUGAUUCUGCCCUGGGAAGCUGUGGAUAGAGAGCCCCAGCCGGCCCUGGACUCUGCCAGCCACGAGCGCCCCACUGUUUGCCGUCCUCAACUGUGGACACCGGACCCCCUCUGCUGGCCACUCACAGAACUUCCUGCGGGGACUGCCCAAAUGAAGUCCAAGGAGGAAGGCCCUGCUGUGAGUUUUCCGUCAUGUCAUGUUUCGUCUUGGGUGUUUUGCCUGGGCAGCACUGGGGGACAGGGAGAACGGGGGAGUGGGAAGCAGAAGCGAGAGGAGAAGUGGCUGCAGUGGUGACCACAGCAGAAUGCAUUUCAGGGAGAGGAACUACCCUGGAGGAGCCCAGGGAGGCUGGCUGCUGUCUGAUUUCUGCAGGCAUUUAUUGGAGUAGAGAGGAGGCCUGGUGGGCGGUGGUGGCUGAGGAGUCAGUGGGCAGGGCGGCAGGGAGGGGCCUUGGGGCCAAGCUGGCUGUGCCGGGAUCUGUGAAGGACCCCCUCCAGGCUUCAGUCUUCUUGCUUUGGAGAGCUUCUCUACUCCCAGAAUCCAGGCUAGGAGGCCCACUCCGUUUUGAGGCUGCAGCAGGGGGUCGGUGGGACUGUGCCUGGGCUGUGCUCUGUGACAGGGACUUCUGAUGGUGGAGGCAUUUCUGGCCAAGCACGGCGUGAUGUGAGGGGCAGGCAGAGCUCCCAUUUGAAUGGGUGAAUGAUGCAGAUGAACAUGCCCCCAAUGCUGCCAGGUGUGCCCCCGCUCUGUGCUGGCGGGGCUGCCUGUCACACCUGGGUAUCAUGCCCACUGAGCACACAGGGCAACAGCUGGACUUGGUGGGGGGCUGGGGACACCUCUUCAGAGAGCUUGGCCCAUCUGCUUGGUGACCUCUGUGGCCUCCUGCCAGAUGGGAAGGAGCAGCCCAGGCGCCCCCGGGUGAGGGAGGAAAUCUCCCAGAGCAAUCGCCCCUAAUCCCUGGGCUGGGCCUCAGACCAGGCAUGGCGGCUGUGGAGACUGGGAGCUCAGGCACACCCGCUUGCAGACCCCGGCUUCCCACGGCAAGCCCGGCGCUGCCCAGGGACUGUGACCCCGAGUCCCUGGCACAGUCCACAGAGAGCUGGGGCCUCAGAACCCCUGGGAUCCCAUCACCAGCCCGGCUCCUGGAAAUGGCGCCCACACAGGUCGAAAAGGGGGACCCUGUGGCCCUAAGCCUCCCUGGUGGCCCAGGCCAUGGUGAUGCCGAUGGCCCCAUCAGCCUGGAUGUGCCCGACGGGGCACCAGACCCCCAGCGGACAAAGGUGGCCAUCGACCACCUGCACCAGAAGAUCCUGAAGAUCACAGAACAGAUCAAGAUCGAGCAGGAGGCACGGGACGACAAUGUGGCGGAGUACCUGAAGCUGGCCAACAACGCGGACAAGCAGCAGGUGUCACGCAUCAAGCAGGUGUUCGAGAAGAAGAACCAGAAGUCCGCUCAGACCAUCGCCCAGCUGCACAAGAAGCUGGAGCACUACCGCCGGCGCCUGAAGGAGAUCGAGCAGAACGGGCCCUCGCGGCAGCCCAAGGACGUGCUACGGGACAUGCAGCAGGGCCUGAAGGACGUGGGCGCCAACAUGCGGGCCGGCAUCAGCGGCUUCGGGGGCGGCGUGGUGGAGGGUGUCAAGGGCAGCCUCUCAGGCCUGUCACAGGCCACCCACACCGCUGUGGUGUCCAAGCCCCGGGAGUUCGCCAGCCUCAUCCGUAACAAAUUCGGCAGUGCCGACAACAUUGCCCACCUGAAGGACCCCCUGGAGGAUGGGCCCCCUGAGGAGGCGGCCCGGGCGCUGAGUGGCAGCGCCACGCUGGUGUCCAGCCCCAAGUAUGGGAGUGAUGACGAGUGCUCCAGUGCCAGCGCCAGCUCAGCUGGGGCAGGCAGCAACUCUGGGGCGGGGCCCGCUGGUGCACUGGGGAGCCCCAAGUCAAACACACUGUACGGUACCCCUGGGAACCUAGACACGGUGCUGGAAGAGCUUCGGGAGAUCAAAGAGGGGCAGUCACACCUGGAGGACUCCAUGGAGGACCUGAAGGCCCAGCUGCAGAGGGAUUAUACCUACAUGACCCAGUGCCUGCAGGAGGAGCGCUACAGGUACGAGCGUCUGGAGGAGCAGCUCAAUGACCUGACUGAGCUGCACCAGAACGAGAUGACCAACCUGAAGCAGGAGCUGGCCAGCAUGGAGGAGAAGGUGGCCUACCAGUCCUACGAGAGGGCUCGGGACAUCCAGGAGGCUGUGGAGUCCUGCCUGACCCGGGUCACCAAGCUGGAGCUGCAACAGCAACAGCAGCAGGUGGUGCAGCUGGAGGGCGUGGAGAACGCCAACGCGCGGGCGCUUCUGGGCAAGUUCAUCAAUGUGAUCCUGGCGCUUAUGGCCGUGCUGCUGGUGUUCGUGUCCACCAUUGCCAGCUUCAUCACGCCUCUCAUGAAGACACGCCUGCGCAUCACCAGCACCGCCCUCCUGGUCCUCGUCGUCUUCCUUCUCUGGAAGCACUGGGACUCGGUCACCUACCUCCUGGAACACGUGCUGCUGCCCAGCUGAGGGGCCAGCCCACCCAGCCCCAAGUUCUCCCGGCCCCGCUGGCCUUGCUUCUCCGGGAGGGACCUGGACCGCCAAGUCCCUUGGACUUCUUCGUGUGUCCGGUCUGGCCUUCUGCCCAAACUGUCCAUUCCAGCAGCUCCUGCCCCUUCCCUUGCCCUGCUUCUGUCUGAUGCCUCCUUGUUGGCCUCAGGGAAGCCUAGAGUGCAGCCCUGGUGGAGACAGAUGGAGGUGACACGUGUGGCCAGGGGGCAGAGGAAGACAUGGGGGUUGGGUUGUUUUGAUUAUUCGCAGUCACACUAGGACUUCUGCCAGCUGACCUCAGGAUGUCCCCAGUCAGGGAGGCCACAGAGAGGAGAGGAAGGAGGGCUGUGCCUCACCCUUCCCGGGGAGGAGCCCACCUUGGAGGCAGCUACUGUUCCUCCCAUGGAGAUGGCCAGGAUGAAGGCGAGAGAGCAAGGGAGGAGGCCCAGCUACCCGUUUCCCACCUCAGCCAGUCAGAGGCGGGGUUCUGGAGCUGGACCUGCUCUGGUGAUGUGAAGGCUGCAGGCUUUGGAGGCCAUGGGGUGUGGCUUUCCCUUGUGUUUUCCCUGCUGUUCUUCGCCUGUCACUGGACCUGCCAUCUUCAGGGAAACAGGCCCCAGGGGCCCCAGCCUCAGCCCAUGCCCUUAGGCUUCUGGGAGCAAGUUGGGUUCUAUUUAUUAUUUAUUUGUUUCUUUGUGCCCCCACCCCUCACCCCCGGCCCACAGCCAGGGCUUUUUCUGGGCUCACUAGGGUGCUCCCUUACUGUGUGGCCUCUGGAUAAUGCCACCUGGGAGAAGUGGGCAAAGCUGCCCCGCCCAGCCUCCGGAAGCAACGCCUCACCCAGGAUGGAAGGAGCGGGCCUCUUUUAUACAUCUAUUUAUUUUGUACGUGUGUGUUUGUGUGGAGAGGGCUGUUUGUCAUUUCAUUUUUUUUAAGGCUCUGGAGUGUUGUGUAUGGUUUCUCUUCACAUCCCAGCCUUCCCAUGGCCCCUUCCAAGAAGAGAGGGGAUUUCUCGGAAAAGGAGAGAGGAAGCUCCCAGAGCGGGGAAGGGCAGUGCCUGCCAGCUGUUGUGAACCUUCCCGAGAAAUAAAUAUCCUCUAAAUUUUCAAGCCAUCCAGUCUCGUGUUGAUUGGUUACAUUGUCUCCAUGGAAACCACCAUGUCUCUCCCCACACCUAAGUGUCCUGGGGAAUAUGCUGGGCCUCGCCCACUGGCCUGAGGCCUCCUUCCUCCAGGAUCGGAUGGUGAGCAAGGCAUAGCCUCUUCUACCCUUCCCACGUUUCUUUGUGCAGCCAAAGCUCUGGCCUAAGUGAUAGGGGAAAGAGGGGUCAGACCCACCGCAUCCAGCCCUCCUGCAGCGCUCUAUAGGAGGAAGGAAUGUGGCAGAGAGAUUUCCAUAGCUUACAGUGGGAGGCCUGGAUGACAGCAGUCAUGCCUGUGU